AAGAUGGGCCGCUCUGCAAGAAGCCGACGCUAGGGCGCGAGGUGUGAAGAGUUGGCCAGAAUGACCAACUCCUCCUCUACGUCCACCUCCUCCACCACCGGGGGAUCCUUGCUGCUGCUCUGCGAGGAAGAGGAGUCGUGGGCGGGCCGGCGUAUCCCCGUGUCCCUCCUGUACUCUGGCCUGGCCAUUGGGGGCACGCUGGCCAACGGCAUGGUUAUCUAUCUCGUGUCGUCCUUCCGAAAGCUGCAGACCACCAGCAACGCCUUCAUUGUGAACGGCUGCGCCGCCGACCUCAGUGUCUGCGCCCUCUGGAUGCCACAGGAGGCGGUGCUGGGGCUUCUGCCCGCAGGCUCUGCGGAGCCCCCCGGGGACUGGGACGCCGCUGGGGGUAGUUACCGCCUACUGCGGGGCGGGCUGCUGGGCCUCGGGCUCACGGUGUCCCUUCUGUCCCAUUGUCUCGUGGCCCUGAACCGCUACCUGCUCAUCACCAGGGCGCCUGCCACCUACCAGGUGCUGUACCAGCGGCGCCACACGGCGGGAAUGCUGGCGCUGUCCUGGGCGCUCGCCCUGGGCCUCGUGCUGCUGCUCCCGCCCUGGGCGCCGCGGCCGGGAGCCGAGCCACCGCAAGUCCACUACCCAGCGCUGCUGGCCGCCGCGGCACUGCUGGCGCAGACGGCGCUGCUGCUGCACUGCUACCUGGGCAUCGUGCGCCGAGUACGCGUCAGCGUCAAGCGGGUCAGCGUGCUUAACUUCCACCUGCUGCAUCAGCUGCCCGGGUGCGCUGCAGCCGCUGCCGCCUUCCCGGCCGCCCCGCACGCGCCGGGUCCGGGCGGUACGGCACACCCCGCACAGGCCCAACCCUUGCCUCCUGCGCUGCAGCCGCGGCGGGCGCAGCGGCGUCUCAGCGGCCUGUCGGUGCUGCUGCUCUGCUGCGUCUUCCUGCUGGCCACACAGCCGCUGGUGUGGGUGAGCCUGGCCAGCGGCUUCUCGCUGCCAGUGCCCUGGGGGGUGCAGGCGGCCAGCUGGCUCCUGUGCUGCGCCCUGUCGGCGCUCAACCCGCUGCUCUACACGUGGAGGAACGAGGAGUUCCGCCGCUCGGUGCGCUCUGUGCUGCCGGGUGUUGGUGACGCGGCUGCGGCUGCCGCUGCUGCCACAGCCGUGCCUGCCAUGUCCCAGGCACAACUGGGCACCCGCGCGGCCGGCCAGCACUGGUGACCCGGCCAGGGCAGGAGGGAGCGAAGUUGUGGGCUUCCAACAUCUUUGGCCACCAUCGUCUCCUUCCCUU